UUGUUGCUUGCCGGGUUGAACUUGCGAGCGACGAGCAUGCGCGACGCGGCCCUGCUCGACAUGUCCACGCCGGAUCUGCGCAAGCUUUGUAAGGCGUUACAGCUGCCCAGCUCGGGCACGAAGAGCGACGUCUUGAGCACCUUGCACCAGCAUUAUCGCCUGCCGGAAGCGCCGAGCGUCGACGGCUGCGUGGUGGUCGAUGCGCCGACACCAGCGAGCUCCAGCGCCGAAGAGAGCGACAUCGAAGACGAGAUCGAGGAGCCGCCAAACCAGGAAUCCGGCGGCAUGAGCCAGACGACGCCAUCACCGCCGUGCACGCCGCCCGAGCCGCCAGCGACGACUGCCACGCCUACUCAGCACACGCGUCGGCCAGACACUGUUCAGCAAGCGUACUGGGACACGGUCCUGGCCGACGGGAUGGACGGCCUCAACAUCCUCGAUCCAGAGAUGUAUGAAGAUUUGUCUUCCAUGUUCCGCGCGCACCUUGUUGUUGUCAUUGCGCCACCCGAGGCGCCUCUCUCUCCGCUGCCACGAUCGACAGCGAGUCCGGCCACAGCGGCGAAGAUGCCCACGGCGACGACGACUCUGGACCUUGAAGGCUGGCACGCAGAGCCACCGAUCAAGAAGCCGAUGCAACCACUUGUCGUUGCCAAACCGAGCCCGCCGCCUGAAACGAUAACCGCGCGCCGAUCAAGCACCCGCUUGAACGUUGCGCAACCCAAGCCCAAGAAGCAAAGUAAACGAUCCUUGGCCGUCGCAGCGCAAGAAGCACAGCAGCGUCCAGCGGCCGACGUCAAACGCAAGCGAGGCCGCCCGCGCAAAGACCCGUCCGCAACCCCCCAGAAGCGCGCGCGAAAGACGCCAAGCGCACUGCCUCCUGUGGGUCUGCCGCCAGCCCCCGCGCUUGGGACUUUGACACCGGCGUGGCGCACGUUUUUCCGCAAAUUGGCUUCGCUCGAGUAGGAACGCUCGGCCUCGACGCUGCAAGCAACACGCCUGGAUUUGCGUCGCACACUGGCCUUGGCAUUCCUUUCGUUGACGUAGACCUGCGGUGCGCAGCAACUGUCUGCGUCGUUGGUUGAGCAGAAUCGCUUUGAUGGGUGGUACCAUGCUUCAAAUGAACGCCCGUAACAAUGGCAUGCAGUCGAA